AUGCCUGUUAUCAAAGAAACAGAAACAGCAGUAGCACAACACAUAAAGUGGAGAAAACCCAGGAACCAAUUCGGGUUCAGCCACCAACCCAUUUCAGAAACAGAUCCGAACUUGCAAAUCCCUUCCAUAAUGCAAUCCACUCGCUGCAAGUCCACCAUUUCCUCUCUGCUUCUAUCCACUUUCUCCAACAACACCUCCUCCAAUGAAACCACCAUCAAUGGCAGUGCUCACAGCAGGAAAAAGAGCAACUUUCCUGCAUCAACCUUCAGAGGGUUCGGGUGCACCGCCGGUGCGUCGCAGCAGGUGUCGGUGCCGGCGGUGAUUCGCACAUCAGCGGAUUGGCAAGGGAAGAAAGCAAGAAAAAAGAAGCACAAGAGGAACAGUAGCAAGAAGAACAGUAACAGCGGCAAGGCUUGCCAUGGUGGGGUUCUAGAUCCUGGUUCUGCUACUUGUGUGGAUUUUCAAGAUGUUUGGUGUGGCCCUGGAAUUGGGUUCUCAGCGGAUGCUGCUGCCUCUGUUGAUUGUGUUGUGUCCAGAAAGAAUGCAUCUGCAAGAGGGAAAAUUGAUGUUGAGAAGAUAACUCACAGGGAGCGUUCAUCUUAUUUAGGAAGGCGCACUGUCUACCCAGAAACCAUGUUGUUUCUGGACACUGAUCCUGACAUUUCCACAGCACGCUUUGCCUCUGAGUCUUUUGGAACUGCAACAUACUAUCGCCAUAUUAGAGAUCCUUCCUCUGAUGGUUUUCCUGAGAUAAUGAUGCUUCAAGGAAGUCUUCUAAUGGGGGGACGGGUAAAUUCACACGACCAAUUCAGAGACUUGAGACUUGACGUUGAUAACAUGUCUUAUGAGCAAUUGCUGGAGCUCGGUGAGAGAAUCGGUUAUGUGAACACUGGACUUAAAGAAGAUGAGAUGGGAUGCAACAUAAGGAAGACUACUAAGCUUCAAUUUUUGGAUGAUGCAUCAAAGCAUCAAGUUGAUAAAAAGUGCAUCAUUUGUCAGGAGGAGUAUGAAGGAGGUGAUGAGCUGGGGAGGCUUAAUUGUGAACACAGCUAUCACUUUCAGUGUAUAAAACAAUGGGUUGCUCAGAAAAAUUUCUGCCCAGUGUGUAAGCAACAAGUUGUGGCUCGACGCUGAAUGACACAAUCGACAAUCCUUAUGGUUUUUUGGACAGCUGCAAUUUUCAUACUUAAAUUGGUGUAUAGUUUUUCAUAUCCAAUAUAAGCAAGAAUUUUCAUUCUUUGCUGUCAAUCAUCAUUUCUUUCAUCUUUCAAAACUUAAGCCUCCUUCGUGAAGAGGGGGCAAAUAUGUU